AUGCUCCCCAAACCAUCCCUAACACGCCUCCUCAUCGCAGCCCUCUGCACCCUCAUCGUAACCUACAGCCUCUACAUCUACGUCACCAGCAACACACACGCCGACACCGCCUUCUGCGCCGACUGCAUGCACUACGCCAUGAGCGUGGAGGCGCGUAUCGUAAGCGCGGGCAACGUGCGCGGCAACGCGCAGUUCUUCCGGUAUGCGCUGGACACGUCGUGUCGCGGGGUGUUGUUUACGAGCAAGCGGUGCGUGGGCUUCCGGAGGGGGUUUCUGGAUGAUGUCGGAAGGUAUAUGUAUGCGGUGGAGAGGCCAUAUGAGGCGUGUAAGGGGAUUGGAGCGUGUGGAUGA